ACUCAAAUUGUAUGUAAAAUAGUUCCUAAAUAUAUGUAGAUCUAAAUCUUGUUCUCCCCGAGAAAAAUUAAAACGCAGACAUCACUUCGAAACUUUCAUCCCUCUCGGAGCUUGCCAUCUAUAUUUCGAUUCAUACACACACACAAACACGCAUACGUAUAUGUUUCCUAAGCAAACUUACUUAUUCAAUCUGAUCCGUACCUAAAUUUCUCAAAUUUCAGGUUUUGGUUAUCGAGCUUCUGAUUAGGUGAAAUGUUGACGAAAUUUGAAACGAAGAGUAAUAGAGUCAAGGGAUUGAGUUUUCAUAGUAAGAGACCGUGGAUCCUUGCGAGUCUUCACAGUGGUGUGAUUCAGUUAUGGGAUUAUCGAAUGGGCACGCUGAUUGAUAGGUUUGAUGAGCAUGAUGGGCCUGUUCGCGGUGUUCAUUUUCAUAAAUCACAGCCGCUUUUUGUUUCUGGAGGAGAUGAUUAUAAAAUUAAAGUUUGGAACUACAAGUUGCAUCGGUGCUUGUUUACUCUUCUCGGACAUCUUGAUUAUAUCCGCACUGUUCAGUUUCAUCAUGAGCAUCCUUGGAUUGUGAGUGCAAGUGAUGACCAGACUAUUAGAAUUUGGAACUGGCAGUCACGAACCUGUAUAUCUGUCUUGACUGGGCACAACCAUUAUGUGAUGUGUGCUUUAUUCCACCCUAAAGAUGACCUUGUUGUGUCGGCAUCACUUGAUCAGACUGUUCGUGUCUGGGAUAUCGGUGCACUUAGGAAGAAGUCGGCAUCUCCUGCUGAUGAUAUUCUACGUCUCAGUCAGAUGAACACCGAUUUUUUUGGUGGAGUUGAUGCUGUGGUCAAGUAUGUACUGGAAGGUCAUGACCGCGGAGUCAACUGGGCUGCAUUCCAUCCUAGCUUGCCUCUUAUUGUCUCAGGAGCUGAUGAUCGUCAAGUUAAGCUUUGGCGUAUGAAUGAUACAAAGGCCUGGGAAGUGGAUACAUUGAGAGGUCACAUGAAUAAUGUUUCAUGUGUCCUUUUUCAUGCCAAGCAGGAUAUCAUUGUUUCCAACUCUGAGGAUAAGAGCAUUCGUGUUUGGGACGCUACAAAACGUACUGCUAUCCAAACUUUUCGUCGUGAACAAGAUCGAUUUUGGAUUCUUGCAUCUCAUCCAGAGAUGAAUUUGCUUGCUGCUGGCCACGACAGUGGUGUGAUUGUUUUCAAGUUGGAGAGAGAAAGGCCUGCAUUUUCAGUGAGCGGUGAUUCUAUGUUUUAUGCAAAGGAUCGCUUUUUGCGGUUCUAUGAGUUCUUAACACAGAGAGAAACACAGGUGAUUCCAAUAAGACGCCCUGGCUCUGCAAGUUUGAAUCAGAGUCCACGAACACUUUCAUACAGUCCUACAGAAAAUGCGAUACUUAUAUGUUCAGACAUGGACGGAGGAUCUUAUGAGCUAUACAUCAUACCGAAAGAUAGCAUUAGUAGAGGAGAUACAGUCCAAGAGGCAAAGAGAGGCAUUGGUGGAUCGGCUAUAUUUGUGGCUCGAAAUCGGUUUGCUGUGCUUGACCGAACCAACAAUCAAGUGUUGGUCAAAAACCUCAAGAAUGAGACCGUCAAAAAAAGUGUCUUGCCUAUAGCUGCAGAUGCAAUAUUUUAUGCUGGAACGGGGAAUUUGCUUUGUAGAGCAGAGGACAGAGUGGUUAUAUUUGACCUCCAGCAACGGGUUGUUCUUGGUGAUCUGCAUACACCCUUUGUGAAGUAUAUUGUCUGGUCAAAUGACAUGGAAAGUGUCGCCUUACUUAGCAAGCAUGCUAUUGUGAUUGCUAGUAAGAAGCUUGUACACCAAUGCACCCUUCAUGAAACAAUUCGAGUAAAGAGUGGUGGUUGGGAUGACAAUGGAGUCUUUAUUUAUACAACACUGAAUCACAUCAAAUACUGCCUACCAAAUGGAGAUAGUGGAAUAAUAAAGACACUUGAUGUUCCAAUUUACAUAACUAAAGUUUCUGGCAAUAAGAUUUUUUGCUUGGAUCGUGAUGGGAAGAACAGGGUGAUAGUGAUUGAUGCAGCAGAAUAUAUAUUCAAACUGUCCUUGUUGAGGAAGAAAUAUGAACAUGUUAUGAGCAUGAUCAGGAAUUCACAGCUUUGUGGGCAAGCAAUGAUUGCUUAUUUGCAGCAGAAGGGGUUCCCCGAAGUUGCUCUUCAUUUUGUGAAAGAUGAGAGAACUCGUUUUAGUUUGGCAAUAGAGAGUGGUAAUAUUCAGACUGCAGUUGCUGCAGCCAAGGAAAUUGAUGAGAAGGAUCACUGGUACAGAUUAGGGGUUGAAGCUCUACGUCAGGGUAAUGCUGGUAUAGUUGAAUAUGCUUACCAGAGGACGAAAAACUUUGAGAGAUUAUCUUUUCUUUAUCUUAUAACUGGGAAUACUGAAAAGCUGUCCAAGAUGCUUAAAAUUGCUGAAGUCAAGAAUGAUGUGAUGGGCCAAUUUCAUAAUGCUCUUUAUCUUGGUGAUGUUCAGGAGCGUGUGAAAAUUUUGGAAAAUGCUGGGCACUUGCCACUUGCUUAUAUUACUGCUUCUGUUCAUGGAUUGAAUGAGGUCGCAGAAAGGCUAGCAGCGGCAUUGGGAGAUAAUGUUCCAACAUUGCCAACAAACAAAUCACCCUCCCUUCUUAUCCCUCCCACUCCAAUUGUUUGUGCUGGAGAUUGGCCCCUGUUAAGAGUCAUGCGAGGAAUUUUCGAGGGUGGGCUGGACAAUAUUGUUCAAGGCGAUCCAGCUGAGGAUGAUGAAGAUAUGGAUGCCAACUGGGGUGAAGCAUUGGAUGUGGUUGAUGCAGAAGCUUUGGAAAAUGGAGAAUUGGCUGCAGUGAUUCAGGAUGAAGAAGCAGCGGAAGAGAAUGAGGAGGAUGGCGGUUGGGAUCUUGAGGAUUUGGACCUCCCUCCUGAAGCAGAUACUCCCAAGGCAUCUGUAAACUCUCGAGUAUUUGUGGCCCCAACUCCUGGUAUUGCUGUAAGCCAGAUUUGGACUCAGAGAUCAUCUUUUGCAGCUGAACAUGCUGCUGCUGGUAACUUUGACACUGCUAUGCGGUUGUUGAGCCGUCAGUUGGGUAUCCGAAACUUUGUUCCUUUGAAAUCAAUGUUCCUCGACCUUCACAACGGAAGUCAUAGUUAUAUCCGUGCACUUACCUCUGCUCCAGUGUUAUCAGUGGCAGUGGAACGAGGGUGGACAGAAUCCUCUAGCCCUAAUGUAAGAGGUCCACCAGACCUAGUUUUUAAUUUCUCUCAAUUGGAAGAGAAAUUAAAGGCUGGUUACAAAGCAACAACAGCUGGGAAAUUCACUGAAGCUCUUCGGCUAUUUCUUACUAUUCUGCAUACUAUUCCUUUAAUCGUAGUUGACUCAAGAAGGGAAGUUGAUGAAGUUAAGGAAUUGAUAGUUAUAGUCAAAGAGUAUGUUUUAGGACUGCAGAUGGAGCUAAAAAGAAAGGAACUUAAAGAUGAUCCUAUCCGCCAACAAGAGCUUGCUGCAUAUUUUACCCACUGUAACCUUCAACUACCGCAUUUGAGGCUAGCUUUGCAGAAUGCAAUGACGGUUUGCUUUAGGGCUAAAAACCUUAACACGGCUGGUAACUUUGCUAGACGCCUUCUAGAGACCAACCCAACAAAUGAGAACCAAGCCAAGAUGGCCAGGCAAGUUCUGCAAGCUGCUGAGAAGAAUAUGAAAGAUGCGUCUCAUCUGAACUAUGACUUUAGGAAUCCUUUUGUGGUUUGUGGAGCCACAUAUGUUCCUAUUUACCGAGGACAGAAAGAUGUGUCAUGCCCAUACUGUAGCUCCAGGUUUGUGCCAGCCCAGGAUGGGCAGCUUUGUAAUGUAUGUGAUCUUGCAACAGUCGGUGCUGAUGCUUCAGGUUUACUCUGCUCUCCCUCCCAAGUCAGAUGAUGAAUUACUGGAACAUUGAGGUAAUGGACCUUAUAGAUUGCGCAAUGGGAUGGUCCAUCUUUGAUCAUCCUGUCUCUGCAGAGACAAGUUGUGAGAUUCUGGGUAAAUUGAUUGUACUUUUUCUUUCUCAUCGUCUUUUUAGUUACAUAUUAUAGAAUUUCACAUAUAGUUUAGAAGGAUGUCGUGUCUAAUAAUUAACUUGAAAAUUUUGAGGGCAGACAAGAAUGUCCAUGGUCAUGGUUAAACUGCAACGAUGUCCGGCCGAUGAGGAUAGAGGCCUGAAAAUAUUUAUCUUUUCAGUUACAGACUUGGGCUUUUUAUAUGUUGUGAAAGUUCAACUACCCUUUGUACUUUUCUUGUUUUUAGAAAUCACCUUAUCAAUGUAUUUUAUACGAUUGCAUGCUUC